AUGUCCUUAGACCGCCGUCACCCAGCGUCCCUCCUCCCAAGAUCCCUUCAUAAUCCUUACCUUGUAGAACUUAUGCGUAGGCCAGUCUCAAUGGAGAUGAUCUCUUACAUCGCCCAUCAAGCAUCGCGAGCCAUCAUGAUCAGCGAGCAACUCCCUGCUCCCAGUGCCCUCCCAACACCCCCUACGACGCCGGUCAAAGCCCCUUUCUCCGAGACACAAAAUAUCACUCCCCCCGCCCAAGUGACGCCAAAACUGCCGAGUCUUGUGAACUUCAUCAUGCGCUUAGUGAACAGGUCGAACGUUCAGGUGCCCACGUUGCUCACCACCCUCAUUUACUUGCACCGCGUGCGUGUCAAAGUACCUGCCAUGACCAAGGGCCGCCCAUGUACCCGGCACCGCGUCUUCCUGGCGACGUUGAUCGUAGCAGCCAAGUACCUCAACGACUCAUCUCCCAAAAACACACAUUGGGCGGCAUACGCUGAACACUUUGACCUCCCAGAGGUGAACCUCAUGGAGGAACAGCUUCUCUAUAUACUGGGAUACGACCUCCGCUUCGACGAGCAGGAAGCGUGCAUCCACUUCGCGCCUUUUAUUCCUACGCGUAUUGUCUGCCCGUUAACUCCCCAGCAGCAGGAAACCCGUGCAGCGGCAGUCGAGCGAGUUUCAAAAGCAGGCAAAGCCCGCGCCCAGGCACAACUACCAACUCCACCUAGCGAAGUUCCGCUUCAACCUCCCAUUGGAUCUUCUAUUGUGUCCACAGUUCGCGGGAUUGCAAGGCGUCUCUCGAGCAGCCGUCUUGGAGGUGCACAUGGUCGUUCUUCUUGCAUCGCAUCACCAAUAUCGAGUGUGCAUAGUUGCGACAGCUCAAGUGCAACUGACUCCGAGAUGGAAUCGUUAAUGGAGGACUCUGGGUUUUCGUCUGAUUCAGCUAGCAGCGUCUCUGACGACGAGCCAGAUGCAGACGAGAAGCCAAAUGUCGUAAGGAAACCGUUCGUCUUGGGUGGUAUCCCGCCGCAGGCCCACAGAGAAGGACGAAAGGUAUCCGCAGCAGGCUCAGUCCGAUCUAUAGCAACCGUCCGAGCAGGCGACUCUCCUUCUCCUCAAAACCCGCCCGCUCCUUUGGACAUAUGCGCGAUUAGAGUCGUCAACCGUGCUGCCGGUAAGCGAGCGAGCUCCUACGUAUACGGCACGUCGAACGUCAAUCGGAAUCAAUCCGAUGCUGAUUCCGCUGGCGGAUCUGGUAUUCCUGCUUCCAGUAUGAAAGCAAGCGUCAGCAUGUCUUCCAACGGAUUCCUUAGUCGCAUGUGGAGCGCGGCGAUCAAGGGUCAGGAGAAAGAGAAACCGACAUGUGACCUCUCUGGCAAGGGGUCGAUGGGUCCUUCUGUGGUGAGCGUUGCCGAGCCUGUAGAACGCAAUCCCCCCGUUCAUGGGGCUAAUGCGUUCCAUAGACUGGUACACUCGAAGUCUGCGAUCUUUCGAGCGACGGCCAACCAAAAUCUACUUGACGUUUGA